UCCCUCUGCCGAUGGGUCCUCUCUUUUCAUCUUCUCCAUUUGCCGCAAAAACCUCCCUUUCUCUCUCUUCACUACCCACAAUCCUCAUUCCCCAGUUCGCUACUUCUUGGGGGGUUUUGUAGAGGUUUUCUCCUACUCAUUUCAUUCGACUAUCCAAUUUCUUUACAAAAGAAAGAUAGCAAGAAUAGACUGAGGGACUGAAAGAAGGAGAUGGGUUCUCUGCAAGAUGUGUCAAGGAAAGGAAAUAGAGGAAAAGACGAGGGAGAAAAGGUAGAGGAAGAGCCAAUAUUGAAGCAGCAAAACCAGAGGUUUUGCAUGUUUCCCAUUAAGUAUCAGCCCCUUUGGUAGAUGUACAAGAAGGCUGAAGCCAGUUUCUGGACCGUAUGCUCGUAGUGGCAACUUCAGGGACUGGAUAUGUGCUGGGGAGUGGAAAUGCCAUUGAUUUUGCGGUUGGAUUUGUGUUGGAACAAUGAUGGUUGCUAACUCCUUGAAUCAGGUACGAUGUUUUACUCUUUACUGACUUGUUAUUUGCUAUCUUGGAACCUUUGGUUGUCAUGCUCCAGAGUAAGUUCUCAACUGCUUUCUCAACUUCUUGCUUGACCUCUGCUUAAGUAUAAUCAUAUAAAUAUAAUGCCUGUUUUCCUUACAAUAUGGAGUUACUUCAUAAAUGAAGUCUUAGGCAUCCCUCGUGAGAGAUAGCCAAGCAUGAACCAUAAGCAUAUAAGCUUCCUGUGACAAUCGAACACUGAUCUAACUUCUGGAGUUUCAAAUGACAGAUUCACAAUGACUGGAGCACUGACUUUCAAGAGUGAUGGUUAUAGUUUAGGGGUUAUCCUUUUGGAGCUCUUAACUAGACGUAAAUCUGUUGAUCAUACACUCCCACAUGGACAGUAGAGUCUUGUGACAUGGGUAUUCUAGCAAAAUUUUCCUUGGCAAUUUUUCACUAGUCUAUAUUUGCAACGUUCAUGCUGGCUGAUCCUUGCAUGGUUGACUGUUAGGCAGCUCCACAACUUAGUGAAGAUAAAGUGAAGCAGUGUGUUGAUGCUAGACUACUUGGAGAUUACCCUUCAAAGGCACUUGCAAAGUUUGCUACUGCGGCCACAUUUUGCCUGCAAUACGAAGCUCAUUUUCGGGAGCAUUGUAGUCAAAGCUCUCCAGCCUUUUUUGCACACUAGGCCCACUGUCCAGGGUAAAAUGCAACAUCCAUAAAUUCCACAGUGACUUGCCUUCCGGUCUUUGCUAAAUCUGACGUUAUGAUUUGUUCUGUAAAUUGAUGCUUUUGGAUUUCCAUUGUUUUAAACCUUGGAGAUUUUAUUUGUCUUGUCGUUGUAGUUCUAGUUUGACUCGAAUGAUUUGAGGCGUGAUAUUUGAAUGAUUUGAGGCAUGUUGUUACCGAUUUUUAUUUUUAUUCUCAUAUUUAUAAAAUUUAAAUGUGGCA